AUGGUAGAAACGAGAAAUACGACACGUCGUGUCAUUCAAGCAGAACCAUGCCAGAACCCGGAGCAAAUUGAAAAUGGCAAAUAUCAGUUGUACCAUGAGACGGAUCCCGAUGACGUUUGGAUCGCUCAUUACACCUGCGAGUCGGGCUAUAAAUUACGUGGCGAUGACGAAAUCUACUGCGUUACGGAGACAAAUGAAUGGCAAGGCACGCCGCCACGAUGCGAAAAGAUUGAUCAAACUCGUGUCAGCGGAGGAGGAGGGCGUCGCAAAGGCAAUCGAGGACAAGAUAUCGAAGAUGAGCCUAAUGUAACGGAAGAGUUUGCCAGUGCACUGGAUAUGUCUUGUCUCUCUGACGGACUGGUUCGUGCUCCUCAAAUCCCCAAUGCAGAAGUUGUGAGAUACGUUCGUCGCAAGAAAGGUCCAUACACUUUCCUUGUGUCGUUCUACGAAUGCGACGAUGGCUACGAGCUUGAGAACACAAACACCGAUCGUUUGUUUUGCAGUCAGGAACAAUGGGUUGGCGAUGUGCCUUUUUGCUUUUCGAUUGAUGGCGAAGAAGCAGCCGGCUCGGAGUACGAAGAAGGCGACGAGGAGGAAGGAACGGAAGAGGAUGACGAACAAGGUUAUGAUGAACGGCUUGUUAAGCAUGAUUGCGAUGAGGAGCAAAAUCAGUGCGAUCAUGAAUGUGCUGCAUAUCAUCUUCCCGAGGAGAGUGAGCCGCGAAUUGUUUGCUCCUGCUUUACGGGCUACAAGUUAGACGAAGAAGAUGGAACAACGUGCCACGAUAUAAACGAAUGCGAAACAAAUAACGGUGGAUGUGAACAAUUGUGUACAAAUCAACCAGGAUCACAUAAAUGUACAUGUCGCGAGGGAUUACAACCAGAUCCGGAAAAUGAUAAACGAUGCAUUGGUGUGUCAAAUGCUACUGAAGUCAAAACGGAAAUAAAGGAAACGCAUGAAACUACUACAACUGAAGCAAAUUCCGUUGAUUUGAGCGAAAAUGAGAUCGAUAACGAAAUUGAAGGAUAUAUGCCAAAAGUUCCUGAAAAUGUUCAUGAAACGGAGGAAAAAGAAGAACAUGAGGAAGAAGAAGAAGAAGAAGAGGAACAUCAAACCGUUUCUUAUCGAGUUCAUGAAAUGGAAGAAUCAGAAGAAAAACAUCAUGAAACCCAUCACGAGUCGGAAAAAGAAGAGGAAAAUAACGAAAUUUACGAGUCAGAAGAUGAAAAAGAGGAUCAUGAAGAGACUCAUGUUACUCACGAAACUCAUCACGAAACCCACGAACCAGAAGAGGAAGAAGAAGAAGUCGAAAAAGUUCACGAAACUCAUCCUGAAGUACAUCAUCAUCAUGAAACAGAUUCCGAUGUCGAAGAAGAGCACAAUAAACCUGAAACAGAUGGCUAUGAGCCCGAUAACGAAGGCGAAUCCGAAGACGAGAACGAAGAAGACAACGAAAUCGAUAGCACGUUCCAUCAUACAACGCCUCGUGUCCAUUUUACUACUACAGCUCGUGUUCAAACGACAACGCAGCAUAUUCUCGAGACAGUUACCCAUAGACAUCGCCACGAAGAUCACGACGAAGACAGUACGAGUGACAUUGAAGAUGUCGUCUACAAGGAAUAUGAAGAGGAAACCGGAGAAGGCGAAGAAAGCGAUACCGAAGAUAAUGAAAUUCCAGUUCGUGGACAUCAUGAAAGGGAAGAAGAACGUCAUAGGCAUCACGAAGUGACAGAAGAAGAGCAUGAAAAUGAAGAGAAUGAAAUUGAAUCUGAAACGUCAAAGAUCAUUUGCGAUGAUGGACUCAAAUUAGAUGACUUUGGCAAGUGUGUUGAUGUCAAUGAAUGUCUUGAACGCGAUCAUGGAUGUCAAUACUGCCAAAAUGUAUAUCAGGGAUACGAAUGUUACUGUCCUGAAGGUUACGAACUCGCUGAGGAUGAAAAAACUUGCGUUGAUAUCGACGAGUGUACCGUUUAUUCUGAUUACAAUGAUAACGAAGACGAAGAUCGUUCGGAAAAUGCUGUUACUAAAGUUUGUUCUCACGAAUGUCUCAACACUCUUGGGUCUUAUCGCUGUUUAUGUCGCGAAAACUUCCAUUUGCAUCACGAUCAAAGAACUUGUGUAAGAGACUUUUGUGAAGACUUGAACGGGCAUAACAAGACUCGUUGCUCUCACGGAUGUGAAGAUGAGGAAAAUGGUUAUAAAUGUACUUGUCCUGAUGAUUUGAUUCUCGGACCUGAUGGAAAAACGUGUCGAGAAAUCGUUGAGUGUAACGAAGGUCAUAAAGCGCUUUGUUCGCCGGGUGUUUGUAGUCAAACCAUGGAUGGAGGAUACAAAUGCAAGUGUGGCGUUGGAUUUAAAGAAUCGCAUGGAAGAUGCGUUGAAGUUGAUGAGUGUCGCGAAGGGAAUCACGGAUGCUCACAUACUUGCAAAAAUAGUUACGGGAGCUUUCAGUGCCUAUGUCCUGAUGGUUUUGAGUUGGAUACGGAUCAGAAGACGUGUGUCGAUAUAAACGAAUGUCACGAAAAGGGAGAUACGAUUUGCGAAGGAUUCCCUUGUAGAAAUUUGGAAGGCUCGUAUAUUUGCGAAUGCCCCGACGGUAGCGAAAAGCAAAGUUGCAGUGUGACGUGUGAACACGGAUUUACACUUGACACCGAUGGCAAACGUUGCGUCGAUGUCAAUAAUUGUCUCGUCAAUAAUGGGGAUUGCGAGCAAAAUUGUGUCAACACAGACGGCGGCUACUACUGUCUUUGCAACAACGGUUAUCGCCUAAACAAGGAUGGGCGUACUUGCGACGACGUCAAUGAAUGCGAACUAAACAACGGCAAUUGUUCGCACGAUUGUAUCAAUACGCGUGGCGGAUACUCGUGUUCGUGCCCAGACGAGUUGUCGCUCGUCGAUGACGAGCAUACGUGUGCGUUGGUUAACCUUUGCGAAUUAAAUAACGGCGGAUGUUCGCAUACGUGCGCCUCGGUAAAUGGAAAAGUGCAUUGCUUGUGUCCUAAGGGAUAUUUCGUGGAUCCAGAUGAUGCGAAAACGUGCAGGGAUAAGGAUGAGUGUGCCGAUGGAAAGAAUGCGGGAUGUUCGCACAUUUGUGAAAAUACAAUUGGCAGCUAUGAGUGUUCGUGUCCCGAUACAUUGGAAUUGGCGAGUAAUAAGCAUACGUGUAUCGAUUAUGACGAAUGCACGGAAAAUAAUGCAGGUUGUUCAAAUAUUUGCAUUAACUUGAUUGGGUCAUAUCAUUGUGCAUGUGAAGCUGGCUAUGCAUUAGGGAAGGAUAAUCACACCUGUUACGAUAUCGAUGAAUGUGCGGAAAAUACUCACGAUUGUUCUCACAAUUGCGUCAAUCGUCCCGGCAGUUACGAUUGCGAAUGCCCAUCAGGAAUGGAAUUCCGCUUGAAUCAGUUCAACUGUCACGAUAUCAACGAAUGCGAAGUACUUGGGGUGAACGGAGGAUGUUCCGACACGUGUGUGAACACUGUCGGAUCCUAUCACUGCGAAUGUCCUGAAGGGCAUUUCUUGGAUACCGAUGGAAAAACGUGCAUCGACAUCGACGAAUGUGCGCCCGAGAAUAAACGUUGCUCGCACGAAUGUACAAAUACGCAUGGACACUUUACUUGUUCAUGUCCAACGGGAUUGGUAUUGGGAGACGAUGGUUUGACGUGUCACGAUAUCGAUGAAUGUGCGGUAGAUGGCAAUAAUGGAGGAUGCGAACAUGUUUGUGAGAACUUUGACGGCAGUUAUCGUUGCAAGUGUCACAAGGGAUAUCAGUUAAUGGAAGACAAUCGAAGCUGCGAGGAUAUAAAUGAAUGUGAAACGGAAGGAAUUUGCGAACAUACUUGCAUAAACACUUUGGGAGGGUAUUAUUGUCAAUGCAAUGAUGGGCAUCAACUGAGAAAUGACAACCGAACUUGCGAAAAUUUGGAUCCUUGUUUGUACAGAAAUGGCGGAUGUGAUCAAAUUUGUAAGAAUAUCCUUGGAAAAGCUGUUUGUUCAUGCAAUAAGGGCUUCAGUGUGAAUGAAGAUAAUCCAAUGGCUUGUGAUGAUGUCGAUGAAUGUGCUGAAAAUGAAGGUUUGUGUCAACAGAAGUGCAUUAACACGAUCGGAGGAUACAAAUGCGAAUGUUUGCAAGGAUAUCGACCAAAUGAACAAGGACAAUGUAUUGACAUUGACGAAUGUCGUCACUUCAAUGGAGGAUGUUCAUCUAAUGCUAAAUGUGUUAAUACAGGAGGUUCCUUCGCAUGUCAAUGUAAUCCAGGAUACAAACUUGGAAACGACAAGAAAACAUGUUACAAGAUCAGCAAUAAAUGUGUUCCAUUGAAAGAUCCCAAACACGGCAAAAUGCAUUGUAGUCGAUCACGUCAUCGUACUCAACUUUUCUACAAAACUAAAUGCUCGGCAUGGUGCGAUAAGGGUUUCACACUUAUGGGAACAGCUGUUAGACAUUGUAAUGGCACAGCAGGUUUAUGGGAUGGCAAAGAAGCAACUUGUGUUCCUCAAUCUUGUCCGAGAUUGUCGCCGCCUCAACAUGGAACUAUUGCGCCGCCUCUUUGUUUGACGGGAACAAUCCUUCCAGGUGAACGUUGCGUUCUUCAUUGCGCUCCUGGCUUCAAACCUCUUGGGCGUCGAACAGCAGUUUGUGAAUUCAAUCAAACAUGGGUUCCAAGUGAAGAUUUGAGAUGUGUCGCAAUAGCUCCAACGUUGGAAGCUACUCCGCCGCCAUUGAAACCAGUAAUUCGUUGUCCCGCUGAUAUGAAUGUCUUACUUGAACCUGAACAAGAAUCUGUCAUUGUUAAAUUGGAAAAACCUCAAACGAAUGUUGAUUGGUGGCAAUUUGUUGAUUCACAUCCAGCAUGGGCAAAACAACUUCAAGCUGACUUACCAGCAGGAGUUUAUCCCGUUAUUUUUAGAGCAAGAAGUCCUAAUUCUGUGUUAAGUGAGGAAUGUAGAUUUGUUGUAACUGUUAAAGCUCAAAUACCUCCAAAAGUACUCUUCUGCCCAGAAUCAUUUGAAGUUAGGUUAGAACAAAGUGAAGUUGCGAGAGCUUUACAUUGGGAAGAACCAAAAUUCGAAAGUGCUCAUCACUUAAAGGAAGUUUAUAAAUCGCACAUUCCCGGCGAUAAAUUCCAAAUUGGCAUUCACGAAGUUGAGUACAUUGCUGUCGAUCGUGAUGGGCUAAAAGCUGAAUGUAAAUUCAAAGUUGUUGUCAAAGGUCAACGUCGCCUCAUCCCACGCCCUAAACCAAUUCUUCCCGAGCCAACGCAUCCCCAAGUCGAUGUCGAACGUUUCCUCCUUUGCCCGAACAAGCCGCCAACGAAACUCGCCGCAAGCGAUUUCCCCGUAAGUAAAAUUCGAAUCUAUUUUCCCGCUUUAUACCAUCACAUUGGGAAUGCCAAAAAUGCCGACGUCGACCAUCAAUCACUGCCUAAUAAUGCAAAUAAUCGUAGUAACAAUAGUAAUAAAAAUCAUCAUUUUAAUCAUCAUUAUCAUCAUAACAAUGAACCAAAUUAUGACACCUCUACAAUGAACAGUAUAACAGCAACUACAACAACAAGCACAACAACCAUUAAACCCGACAGUAGUGAUUACACUGAUGAGUCACGGAAUAACAGCGCAGAGGAUAAUUUCAUUGAGAUUUUAUUCCAUUUGCCGAAUUACCGUCACAAAUACGCGAAUUCACAUCCAAAGCCAUCGGUUUAG